AUGCUACUCCACUGUCCACGUUUUCACACGACAUCAACAUUCACUGCUUCAUGACUGAAUGAUGUGAACAACAUUCCCUUGUUUACCUAACUAUACCGACCUAACUUUCUAUUCACAGAAUAACCUAGUUUCUGGUGUAGCACCUGAUCAAUAAUAUCUACCAAUAUUCAAAUACACUUUGAUUAUCGUGUUACAAGAUGCCUCCAACAAUCAUUUUGAUUAGGCAUGCACAAGCACUCCACAAUGUGUCUCAUAAGGCACGCAACUAUGAGCUACAUGAUCCGGCGUUGACCGAUCUUGGCUUCAGGACACAAUGUGACGAAUUGGCUAGCCAUCUCGAGAAUGAAGUUCCACUGGCUCGGGAAAUUGAUCUCAUUGUGGUGAGCCCCAUGAGACGGACUUUGCAAACAGCACAGCAAGGCCUGGGCUGGUUGAUGAAGGGCGGUGUUCCCGUUAUCCUUCGACCCGAAUGGCAGGAGAACUCAGACAAGCCAUGUGAUACAGGAACGCCCAUUGAGAUUAUGGAGAAGGAGUGGCCACAAUUUGACUGGUCAGCUGUUGAUCCACUGUUUCCAGAAAAAUCUGGUCUGUAUGAGUUUUCGAAGCAUGCUCUGAUAAGACGAGGAAUUACCGCUAGGAAAUGGUUACAGCAACGUCCAGAGAAGGUUAUCGCUGUGGUUUCUCAUUCGGCGUUUCUUCGGACUUCCGUCAGCUACAGGCAAUAUGAGAAUGCGGACUACCGAAUUUUCGAUUUUGCUGAUGGCGAUAGACAAGAAAACGCUGAGCUUGUAGAAUGGGAAGUCACCGAAUCCAGGGGCGGAGGGUUAGGGAAGAGCCCAAAGGGAGUUUUUGGAAUGACCGAUGAUGAUUGUCCUAGUAAGAUUAAAAAGGACAUUGGAGAAGCGGCAACUGAGGUUCCAAAGUAG